GCUUAACGAACUUCGACCUCGUCUUCUCCGUCCACUUCACUCUCUCUAAAUCUCUCUCUCUCAGAUCUCUCUGUCUCACUCUAUCUCUGUGAUUCAACAAUGGCGGUUUCUUCAUCUUCGUUCUUAUCAACAGCUUCACUAACCAAUUCCAAAUCCAACAUUUCAUUCGCUUCCUCAGUAUCCCCAUCCAUCCGCAGCGUCGUCUUCCGCUCCUCGAUUCCUCCGUCCUCUCACCGCCGUGUAAUGACCGUCCGAUCAAAGAUUCGCGAAAUUUUCAUGCCGGCGUUAUCAUCAACCAUGACGGAAGGCAAAAUCGUGUCGUGGAUCAAAACCGAAGGCGAGAAACUCGCGAAAGGAGAGAGUGUUGUGGUUGUUGAAUCUGAUAAAGCUGAUAUGGAUGUUGAAACGUUCUACGACGGUUACCUCGCCGCAAUCGUCGUCGGAGAAGGUGAAACAGCUCCGGUUGGUGCUGCGAUUGGAUUGUUAGCUGAGACUGAAGCUGAGAUCGAAGAAGCUAAGACUAAAGCAGCUUCGAAAUCAUCUUCUUCUUCUUCUGCGGCGGAGGCUGUUGCUACAUCUCCUCCUCCGGUUACUUCAUCUCCUGCUCCGGCGAUCGCUCAACCAACUCCGGUGACAGCUGUCGCGGAUGGUCCGAGGAAGACUGUAGCGACACCUUAUGCUAAGAAGCUUGCUAAACAGCAUAAGGUUGAUAUUGGAUCCAUUGCUGGAACUGGACCAUUCGGUAGGGUUACAGCUACUGACGUGGAGACGGCGGCAGGAAUUGCUCCGUCUAAAUCCUCCGUGGCACCACCACCUCCUCCUCCUCCUGCAGCGGUGAAUGGAAAAGCUACAACAGCCACCAAUUUGCCUCCUCUAUUGCCUGAUUCAAGCAUUGUACCUUUCACAGCAAUGCAAUCUGCAGUAUCGAAGAAUAUGAUUGAGAGUCUCUCUGUUCCUACAUUCCGUGUUGGUUACCCUGUGAACACUGAUGCUCUCGAUGCACUAUACGAGAAGGUGAAACCAAAGGGUGUAACGAUGACUGCUUUAUUGGCUAAAGCUGCAGGGAUGGCUCUGGCUCAGCAUCCUGUGGUGAAUGCAAGCUGCAAAGAUGGGAAGAGUUUUAGUUACAAUGCUAACAUUAACGUUGCUGUGGCGGUUGCUAUUAAUGGCGGUUUGAUUACGCCUGUUCUACAAGAUGCAGAUAAGUUGGAUUUGUACUUGUUAUCCCAAAAAUGGAAAGAGCUGGUAGGGAAAGCUAGAAGCAAGCAACUGCAACCCCAUGAAUACAACUCUGGAACUUUCACUUUAUCGAAUCUUGGUAUGUUUGGAGUGGAUAGAUUUGAUGCUAUUCUUCCGCCAGGACAGGGUGCAAUUAUGGCUGUUGGAGGGUCGAAGCCAACUGUAGUUGCUGACAAGGAUGGAUUCUUCAGUGUGAAAAACAGAAUGGUGGUGAAUGUGACUGCAGAUCAUCGCAUUGUCUACGGAGCUGACUUGGCAGCUUUCUUACAAACCUUUGCAAAGAUCAUUGAGAAUCCAGAUAGUUUGACCUUAUAAGACUCCCCACCGAACACGAAAUGACAAAAUCAGUUUCCAAAUUUCCUAAGCCAUUUUUUCUCAAGUAAAAUUUUUAAAUCUCCAUUGUUCUUAUUGUUAUACUUCUUUUGGAUAUUUUCUUUCUUUCGCUUUUGUUGUAUCUGUAAUUUGGGUGUCCGGAAUUAUCAUUUUGGGUUUUACUUUACACAAAUAAUUUCUGGUUUAAACUGUUCGCCA